CUGAUUGUGGUGAUUAUCGUGACUUCACCGCAAUAUACGAAUUGUCUAUUUUUCUACCCAUUCUUCCGGAGGGGAGGGGGUCGUCUCCGACAGCCCCGACAAAACCUGGCCCGAGGUGUCCGGGAAGCUAUUUUUGCUGUCAAUGCCUUUUGCGAUGACAAUUGUGCCACUGAUGACCAACAGGCACAGGUAGUGAAUUGCAUCCAAAACGGCAUUAAUACGAACCAACAGAUCGUGAAUAUCCUGCGGGGCUGUACGCCCGGCGGCAACAUCUCAUGCAAUCGCGGCCAAAGGGGUCAAAUGAAUCGGUGUCUCAUCGGGCGAACCAUUGGGCGCCGGAAUCUCAUGAAUCGCCGCCUUCAGAGGUGUUUCCGCAAUUCUGUCUCAUUGGCCACAAUUGACUGUCUGGUCAAUAGGUAUCGCAUUUUACGCAAUUUACUGCCUAUCCCUCCCGGGCCUGCCGGUCCUGUUCAGUCUGGAGGGGGAGGAGGAGGGGCGGCCAGGGCGCCGGCCUUUAAGGCACCCAAACCUACAACACCUUCUAAAUCGUCGAAAAAGACACAAAAAUCAUCAAAA